ACAAGGAGUCGGUUCCCAGACAUGUUACCGUUUCGCCAUGCACUGCCUCCUGGAGUCACUUUAACGUGUCGCCAACCGUGCUCUACCCGUCUUGUAUUAUUUCCAGCAAACAGGUUGCCAAGGGGCCAGCCACUUGAGCCACCAGCCGUUGGCCAGCUUGGCUGACGACCGGGCGCGCGAGCCAGAGACGCUUCGAGUCUCCCUUAAUUACAAAUAGAAGGGUCGCCGAUCGUUGUUUUGACCUUGAACACCAUGGCAGCCUCAAAUUCUCAAUCGACUUCGCCGGGAAACGUGUCGACCCCCGUUCCUUUCCCACAACCCGACGCCCUCAACGACAGCUCAAAAGGCAAGGAACACGCACGAACGUCCACAAAUGCGUCAACGUCAAGUAGAAUACGAAGCGCUAGCAUAAAACUCAUGGAGGCUGAUCCUCCGCCCGGCAUGUGGGCAGCCACAGGCAGCGUUGCUUCAAAGGCGCCUUCGCUCGUCGACAUCAGGAGAGGCUCGUUUGGCCCGGACGGGUGGGACGAGCAAAAGCAACGCGAACACCGCCGUGGCAGUCAGGGAGGCACUGAACGGCCUGUCAACAACAGGAGAGGGUCUUCUGGGAGACUAGGAGUGGAGCCCUUCCCGGCGCUCACAGAGGAGAGGCCAUCGUCCGAGACCCGCGAGCGUGCCCCACAAAACGACGGAUCAAAUGAUGUACGCGAUGUCAAGGUCGUUCAGCAUGGUGUUCAGCCCACGACAUCACGCUUUACCGACAAGAGUGAUGAGUCUGCUGCGCGCCAACCGUUGAACGGCGAAAGCCAGUACGCAAAUGGCUACAUGCCACCGCCCAAGCUGCCAUGGACCCAGUCGUUCAUGAUCGGACUGAAAGGUUUCUGGAAGUGGUUCUUGACCAUUCCCGGAUUCUUGAUCACGAUAUACGCCCUCAAUGUUGUCGCGUGGGGAGGCAUGCUCUUCUUGCUCCUAUGCAAUGCUGCGCCCGCGAUGUGCACACCUACCUGCGACGAUAUCAAUUCACCGCGGAGAAAAUGGGUCGAGAUUGACUCGCAGAUUCUCAACGCUCUCUUCUGUGUCACUGGUUUCGGGCUGGCUCCGUGGAGGUUCCGCGACCUAUACUGGUGGGCACUUUGGAGGCUCGGCGGUGCUCAGAAAAAGCUGGUUGGCAUACGACGACUUGCUGGCAUACAUCGAGGAUGGUUCCGACUGCCCGGCUCAGAGCAGCUUCCCGAAGAGGCAGAUGCCACAAAGGUCAGCUCCGAGGACCCUGCCGUACCAAUUCCAGCCAGCAGGAUCCCAGAUCCACCACCAACUGGUUUCCGCGCAUCACCUACUAAAUCCUGGAAGAUGGACUUUGUAUUGUGGAUGAACGCAUCAAACACGUUCUUCCAGGUCCUGCUCUGCUUCUACAUGUGGCACUACAACCGUAUCGAGAGACCAUCGUGGGCAACCGGGCUCUUUGUGGCUCUCGGUUGCAUCGUGGCUGGAGUCGCAGGCAUCAUGAUGGCUGUUGAGGGGAAACGCAUCAAGAAAGUCGAGGGUGUGCCUAUGCGCAAGGAAGAUCGAGAUAGGCGCGCAGAUGUAGAAGCACAGUCUGCCCAAAACGUACCGCUUGUGUCUUAUCCUGGCGGCGUGUCAAAGGCAUGAUGGACGCCCAGACAGUGUUGCAUCCGCGCAGUGGGUAGAAAGCUGCGUUGAUUGGCUCUGGACAUCGCAGUAACGCGUCGCGUGUGGCGAGAAUUCAGGAAGUCCGGCACAUUGCAGCAACUAUCAUGAGAUCAACACAAUCAUACAAGUAUC